CACUUCCGGGCGCGCGGCCGAGGCGGCGGCGGCGGGUCAGUCGGUCGAGCUGUUGGAACCGGCCUCCUCCUCCUCCUCCUCCUCCUCAGUGGGCAAAGGGGGGUUCACCACGGGGUUUUCUUUCCCCGCUGAGGAGGAGCCGCCACCGCCACUACAGCCACAGCCGCCGCGAUGGAGCCGGAGUCGGUGAUCGAGGACAAGACCAUCGAGCUGAUGUGUUCUGUGCCAAGGUCUUUGUGGCUAGGCUGCUCCAACCUGGUAGAGAGCAUGUGCGCACUGAGAUGCCUGCAGAGCAUGCCCAGUGUCAGAUGUCUCCAGAACACAUCAGUAAUGGAGGAUCAAAAUGAAGAUGAGUCUCCAAAGAAAAACACACUGUGGCAGACCAUAGAGUCUAACUGGCGAUGUGGAAGGCACAACUUGCAAAGAAUUCAGUGCCGCUCUGAAAAUAGUAAAGGCGUUUACUGCUUACAGUAUGAUGAUGAGAAGAUUAUCAGUGGCCUAAGGGACAACUCCAUUAAGAUUUGGGAUAAAAAUGGAUUGGAAUGUUUGAAAAUAUUAACAGGACAUACUGGCUCAGUUCUCUGUCUGCAGUAUGAUGAAAGAGUCAUUGUAACUGGAUCAUCUGACUCCACUGUGAGAGUGUGGGAUGUGAACACAGGCGAAGUCCUGAAUACACUGAUCCAUCAUAACGAGGCAGUGCUGCACUUGCGUUUCAGUAAUGGCUUAAUGGUCACCUGUUCGAAGGACAGAUCAAUUGCUGUGUGGGACAUGGCCUCCCCGACUGACAUUACACUGCGCCGCGUAUUAGUUGGUCAUCGGGCUGCAGUAAAUGUGGUUGACUUUGAUGACAAGUAUAUUGUAUCUGCUUCUGGGGAUAGGACCAUUAAAGUCUGGAGCACAAGCACAUGUGAAUUUGUUCGCACUCUCAAUGGGCACAAGCGGGGCAUUGCCUGCCUCCAGUAUAGGGAUCGACUUGUCGUGAGUGGAUCAUCAGACAAUACCAUUAGGCUUUGGGAUAUUGAAUGUGGGGCCUGUUUAAGAGUGCUAGAAGGCCACGAAGAGCUGGUUAGAUGCAUCCGGUUUGAUAACAAGAGAAUUGUAAGCGGAGCCUAUGAUGGCAAAAUCAAAGUUUGGGAUUUACAAGCUGCUCUCGACCCUCGUGCCCCAGCAAGUACGCUAUGCUUACGUACAUUGGUGGAACAUUCAGGUCGUGUGUUUAGACUUCAGUUUGAUGAAUUUCAAAUCAUUAGUAGUUCCCAUGAUGAUACCAUAUUGAUUUGGGAUUUUUUAAAUGUGCCCCCCAAUGCACAAAAUGAGACACGCUCUCCAUCCAGAACAUACACUUAUAUCUCCAGAUAACAGUCUGCAAUUUGCUACUUACUAAGGAUUCCACAGUCUUUGAACUACUGGACAUUUGGCGAUGACACACCCGAAGACAUUAGCCAGAGCUAAAGUCAGAAGCAGUUCUAGGUGCUGUGUUAGACACAAAAACAGCACAAUUCUAUAUCUAAACUUUACCUUUCUGAGUCCUCCUUCACUCAGUGGUCUCUAAGGAACUGACUGAGAAUUCACUGAGUCCAGGUAGAAGAAAUUCAGUCUAUUCUUCACUCCAAUGCAAGAUCCAAAGCUUCAUGAGUAAAUUGCCCAUAUACACUGAACUGACAGCUUGUUUUUCCAGGAGUAAAUCAGAUGUCAAGAAAGGACUGGACCUAAUUUAUAUUUGCUUUGCACUUUGAUCUGACUCUGAAGAAGAAAAACAUUCUCAGUGAAAUGUGGGUGCCAAACACAUACCCAGAAUGUACAGGGCUCUGCUUUCAAAGUCGUCCUCCUUCUGCAGACUUUACGUUUCACAGAUGAUGCGGAUCCUGUUCCAUUGACUAGGAGUAUCAGUUGGACUGGAUAUUUCUGAAUGGAUCAGUAAUAUUUUGGAUGAUAGUUGACCUAUUUCUGCACCAGUAAUUUGCUUUAAUUUAAAGAUUGUAAAUUGGGCUAGAGUAUCUAAACUAGGUGUACAGCACUGUUUCCCCCAUCUUUUAAUUGUGCCCUGUACCACAGCUGUCGUCCUCCUCCUCCUCCUCCCCCCACUCCUCCUCAUCAUGUUUGGUAUAGUCGGAUCCUUCAUGUGUGCUUGCCUCAUUAUUUCCAAUACCGUAACUGUAUAAGCAUGUAGAUAUAAUGUACAUAAACAUUGUAACCUCCAAGUGCUGGGAGUCAGGGUCUCCUGAUACUGUACACAGAUGUCAAGGCAAAGCCGUUCAGCAUCCAGGCAUUCUUACUACUGGCACCAGACAGGGUUGGGAUGUAUCACUUUAGAAAUAUUUCUGGGAAAAGGAGGAUUUGGGCAUUCAUUAGAAUUUUCUCUUUUAAAAAUGGAGUGCAUUAUCUUAAUGUUAGCUUCUAAAAUUUUCGUAAAUGUAAAAGUUAAAAUUUGUCUCUCCCCCAUGCCCCAACACAUGCUUCGGUGUUCGCAGAUCAUCUGAAGCGAUUGGCCAAAGUUGCAGAUACUCGCUGCAGCUUUAAAACCCACUCAAAUAGUCCUUGAUGACUAUACUUCUAAGCUGAUCUGAAGAUGAAGUGUUACUUCAUUGUGAUCUUGUAGGAGAUGAUGGCUGUUCCUUGCUAUUUACUUCAAGAAACCUAGCAGUUAAUGGCACACAAUCAUAGGGAUUUCUACUCUCUUGAAAAGUAUGACCAGCCAUGGCUAUUAGUCAUGUAUGUCCCUACAUGAAAGCAAACUCUUUAGACAUACCACCUCUGUAUCUUCUAAGUUAUUGCUGGACAGCGUUGUUUAGUAGCUGCUAAUGCUCGUUUUAGAAAUUAUUAACUAAGAAAAUAUAAUGCUCUUUGGUCUAGGAGCUGUAGUUGGCAUGGAUAUGAACACUGUCAUUCCUUCAUCAUAUGAGUUUGUUUCCCCUUUACUGCCACUCCCAGUUUCUUUCUCUCUUUUUCCCCUUCUCCCCCUUUUGAUUGAGGGGUUCAAGGAAUGUUGAUAACCAAUUUAAAUGACCAAUGAAUGAAUCUUGCUUAUUUAGUGGAACGGCUAUGGCUGGACAGUUCCCUUGCACACCUACCAGCUUGUCAGUCAAAUUAAACAAGAAAGCACACAUCAGAUGUGCAAAAGACGCAACUUGAGCUGCUUCUGCUAUUCUACUCAUUGCCUUCCUACAAAUUACACAUCUACUAUUUUGAGCCCAGAAAAUUCCCCUCCACAGUGAACCCCACAAAAAUAAGACUUAGGACAUGGCUACCAUCAGAUCCCACAAAAUCCAUAUGAGGACACUUCCCAUGUUCUCUGUUUUAAUACUGUUGACAGUAUGGAAGUGGAUUACUUCUCCCUGCCCCUCCCCCGUGUCAUUGAAUAGCUGUAAUAUGUCUAUUACAGUCCCGAAGACACAGGUAUUUAUGGAGAACUAUCCUUUUUUAAUGCAUGUUUAAGAUGAAAUUCAUGUUUUUUCCAUGGGAAAUAAUGGUAUUUGAAGACGCAGCCUAAACUACUUUUGAUUGUGCUUGGUGUAACAUAGCCGUGGAGUUUGUGACUGGCACCCAAGGAACCUGGCUCCUGGGACUAAUGAUAGUACUGGCUGUACUCUGGACUUUGUUUCGCUAAUCAUAACUGAGCAGCUGUAUGUUACUGCUAGAUUAAUGUUUCAAAGCACUGGGAUAGUCUUAUUCUAACUUGUAAUUAUGUUUGCCAGUUACCUGUUUGGAAAGUUUGUGUAUGAACAGCUUAUUGGACAACUGUUGAACUGUACAGAUAUUGUUCAUGAUAUAAGGCUUUGUACUGUGGAAUGUGCUUAAUAAAAAAAAUUCUGAACUUCA